CCCCGGGCCUGUGCGCUGAGCUGCCGGGUGAUGAGGGAGGUUCUCGAGAGGUUUCCGGGGAGAGAGGCGGGGGCUGGGGGUCCGUGAGCGCUUCGCUUCGAAAGGCAGGAUUUUCCCUGCCGUGCCCGCGAAGGAGAGGAGUUAGCGGGAGUGACUUUCCCGCGGCCGCCCGACCCUGCGGGGACGAAGGCCAGGACGCUGCAGGCUGCCCGCGGACCAGGCGCCCUGCGGAAGGCGGUGUGCUGGCCCGGAGCUCUGGCUUUCCUAGCGAACCCGAGGCGGUUCAGGGAAUGAGUGAUUCAUUUCCGAAAGUUUAGGAAAGCCUCCUUCAAGGAACGUCGUCGUUGUCGUAUUUUUUCUCCUUUGGGUGGGGCACCUUUAGCUCUUGGGCUUUCCAGCCCAGCGCUUUCAGAGCACCAGUAGACCGCCGUCCAUACUAGUGCAAGGUCUUUGGCCAAGCAGAAAACUUAUAGCCCAGCUUUGAUUAAAGAUGACUUCCUUGUUCACUCAAGAAGUUCACCUUUCUAAAAGACAUGAAGAAAUAGUAUCACAAAGAUUAAUGUUACUUCAGAAAAUGAAGAACAAUUUUGGAGAUCACAACACAGAAAGGGCCUGUCUUCUCCAAGCCACUGAAAUUGCUUCAAAAAGGAACCUCAGUCUCUUGCAGGACGUAGAAGCUGCAGAGAAGUCUUUACAGGCCAGGCUUAAGCCACGCCCACAACCUGCAGUGCGUUCUCUUGAGACUCGUUACUGGGCAUCAGUAGAAGAACAUGUCCCCAAAUGGGAACAGUUCCUUUUAGGAAGAGCACCAUAUCCGAUUGGUGGUGAAAAUCAAAAUGAGACAGGAAACACCGUUCAAAAUGAGAUGAAGUGAUAACUUGUUCAUAUGUUACUCAGAAAACAAAAACAAAAUCCAAAAACAACUGUUUGAUAAAACUCUGUAAGUCGUGGCAGGAACUUGAGGGAGUAAUGUGCUUGGUUUGUCUGAUUGUCAGCCUGAGAGCCACUGACAGGUCUCAGGUCUGUUACAAGGACGUAGAUUUGCAAUGAAAGGGUUAAAGCUAAUGCUAAGACAGAAGGUUUGUUAAAGAUGGUAUCAAAGCAGUGCUGUGUGUGUUAAACAUUCAGCCUCAUUACACCCCGUCUAGUCUUCCAUUAUUCACCAUGAGAACAGAAACGGGCUGCUUAGUGAGAGAAGUCUGCCUUGCUUAGCUGCCCUUGUCUAACUAGUUAUCAGAAAGUGGAUCCACAGGACUGGGUGCUUCAGACAGGCUUCGCUGCGAUUCUGACUAAAGGACUCAGUAUGUAGCCAGUUUCAGGAAGGCUGAUAUGGUUUUGAAAAAGACCAUGAGAGCUGGAAGUAGCUAUUGAAUUCUGACUGGCUUGAGGACUCCCAGCCUUGUGAAGCAGCCUGGCCCUUGGGAUUAUCUUCCCACUCUGGAAGCUGUAGGUCUCAGCCCUCAACCCAACAUCGCCGAGUCUCUUCAGUUCACCACUGUUGGAUAAUCACUAGAAGGAAAAACAAAGCAGGUAUUUUAACCAUGGAGGCAGCUUCUGGGGAGGUUGUCUACACUUCAUUGCAGUAAACUAUUCUGAAUUGCAAA